UGUACGAGUUUGUUGUCAUCUUACCCGUUUGUAACAGUGUGCCUUAGUUUGACGGAUACACAGGAUUCUCGAGGACUAUUCACUAGGCGAGCAAUGGAGUUCUCCUUCCAGUUGGUUUUGCUUGCUUCAAUAAUCAGUUGCUGCCUCGCCAUUCAGUGCUACGAGUGUACACUUACUGAGCUCGGAGCAGGAGAUCCCAAAUGCGAUGACCAAAUCUAUGAUCUGGACCCACCUUUCUCGAAAGAAUGCGAUCCAAAUGUCUACGAAAAAUGCAGGAAAGUCAAGACGUAUCUGGCCAAUGGCAAGACGAGUGUAGUUCGAGCAUGCGCAGAGCGAACAUGCUACGACAAAGGAUGCAAGAAAUUCGAAGGUCAAGUUGUCUGCGACCAUUGUUGCUUUGGUGAUUUGUGCAACAGCGCAAACUCAAUGACAUUUGACACGGCGAUGAUCGUUGCAUUGCUGUUAUCUGUGAGAUGGACAUUUUACUUGUGGUUGAAAUAA